AUGCUGGACUUUAUGGAAUAUGUCCAGCUCGCCUUUUCAGAGGCGACUAACUGGAAUCGCGACAACUCAUACCUGUCGUUGACCACAACAGCACAAUCGAUUCUUGAAUUUUCGACUCCUGAACGUCUUCGAGUUCGUCUCUCCUCUCUUGCAACACCCCAUUUUGCAACGAGCUACUCGCUCGGCACAGUGGGAUUACUCGAUGGAUCUGUGUCGUACCUCUUCAGCACGGUUCCUUUUCACAAUACUCCUAGUCGAAGUGCUUUGAUCCCUUUACGAAAUAUCUCUCCGGGAUAUCGACAAGUGCAGGCGCCAUUAGCUCCGGUGGAAGUCUGGGGAUGGGGCUCAUUGCUUGAUGGAGUCAGUAUCCCAGGAAUCAACGACGGGUCGCGUUCAACGCCCCAGGGAAACAAGGAUGGGAAUCGAGCAGCAGACGAAGCAGCGCAUCGGAAAGCGACCCUGCUUCAUGCAUCUCUACACCUUCCAUCACCGACAACUCUCAAUGCGCUGUUCUUACGCCGUAUCUCUCCAACCAUGCAGCUAUGUCUAGCUGUGUGUUCCACACAGGGACCACCGUUGUCCAAGUCCGCACCGCAAGCAUCAAUGCUAGCCCAAUUAUCUCACGACACAGGAAAAUAUUCCAAUGAAUAUUUAUUCAGCACAGACAAUGCCCUCUUUGGCUGGCGUGGGCUCUGGAACUUUGGUCCGGAUCCUAGAAAACCUCGGCCGAACGCAUCUCCGGCGCUCUCGCUGCUUUCUGCAGGCGCAGAAGCGUAUUACUCGCCUACAUCUUCAUUGAUAGGCAUGUCCACUGGAUUGCGAUUUACUACGCUUCCAGCUGCGACUCAAGUGCCCUCAUCUACAUCCACAUCAUCUUCAGCCAAUCAGCCUACCCCAAUAUCCACAUUCCCUUAUACAUUAACCCUCACAUUAACCCCAAUUACUGGCUCUCUAUCAACAACUUAUUCGCUUCGUGCUUCUCCGAACCUUGCAUUCAGCUCCCGAUUUGGCUUCAAUGUGUAUAGCUGGGAAAGCGAAAUGGUUGCCGGGUGUGAACUUUGGCGCCGGGCCAAGAAGUCCUCUGCCGAUGAUAACUUGGAAUGGGCCCGUCGCAAAAUCCGCCUGCAUGAUUUCUCCGCCUCUACACCGGGCUCCCCGCCUACCUCUCCACUCCUCUCCGAUCCGGUUCAACCCGAGCCCGUCAAGUCGGACGAUGUCAUCGAUGUCGAGACUGGCGACUCGGUCAUCAAGUUCCGAGUCGAUCAGUCUUGGAACAUGCGUCUCCUUUGGGAGGGUCGAGUUAAGGAGCUUCUUGUGAGUGCAGGUGUUGGACUAGGCCCGGGAUCCUUCUCUCUGGCGCCAAAUGUCUCUUCCUCGGGUGGGUCGGUGCCUGGUGGAGGUGGGCCAUCGUACUGGCGCGGGGUUGGAGUUUCAGUUAUGUAUUCCUCGUGA